GAUCUUUUCUGAUGUUAUACAAUUUUUAUUCGUAAAUGUUCCAUAUGAUAAAUGACAUUAGAAACUUGUAAAAAUUUGAAGCGAUAGUCAACAUAGAAUAUUUAAAACAUUUCUUGCAAGUUAAUUGCGACAUUUUCGAAAAGUAAUAAAAUGCACGAGAAAUUCUUUUUGUUACAUAGGAGGUAACAUAAAAUGUACAUAAAAAAGAUAUAGAUAUCAGUCUUUAGAUAACUUUGGACAUGGAAAGUUCGAAAUAUGACGGAUAUCGAGGUGCUUAUGAUUUCGAAUGGGCGGUGAAAUUAAAUCGUUUCACUUUAGAUUUCCUUGGUCUUUGGCCUAAAACUGCACAAAAUUCUCGACAGAAAUUAAUGUGCAAUUUUCGAGUAUUGACAGUUUUGUUGGGACUAAUAUUCGGCCUUCUCAUUCCUUCUUUACAUUCCUUGACAAGAAUUUUUGGAGAUGUUUUGUUAAUGUUAGAUAACUUACAAUUUACUUUACCAACUAUAAGCUGCACGAUUAGAAUCAUGAUUCUUUGGUGGAAGAAGACAGGUAGACAUAAUUUUUAA